AUGCUAGGCUCCUGCGCCACGCCUACCGACUCGGGACUACUCUAUAUUGGCCUCGACGCAUGUGUCGAGCCGUGGACCUGCGCCCUGUGCAACUUGACCUGCGGGGCUGCACUCAAUUCUGCUAUGGCCCACAUUGCCUCCGAGCUGCACUACACCAAGAAGCUCUCGGCAGCCCACCUCCCUGCUGCAAAGGAGAAGUACAAUAGAUGGAACGCCACGGCCUUCGUCGCCCUUCCCCAGGAACGGAGUGAAGCCUCCACCAUCGAGGCAUUGCUGUCGGAACACUCGUUUGUUGAUAUCUUCCGUGCACUCCACCCCAACGCCACCUUUUGUUUUCUUACUUUGGCCGUCCUCGCGCCACCCCUCGACCUGUGGUCCCCCCAUCCGUAUUACCUCGACCCACUAUACCAUCUUCUGUGGGCCUUCCGCCUACGGUCCCUGCACCUGCAGUACCCUUACCCGCUAUACCCCAAUCGUCGGGCCCUCCGCCUGCAGCACCACCACCAGCCUCCCGAUUGGACUAAAUGUACAUCUCCACCUCCUUCUAGAACCGACUCGCAUGGGUUUGUGCUUGGGUCCGACGGCGUGCUUGCUGGCGGGUCCGUCGGCGGGCUUGCUAGCGGGUCCGUCGGCGGGCUUGCUGGUGCGCUCGUUAGCGGGUCCGACGGCGGGUCCGUCUGCGUGCUUGCUUGCGGGUCCGUCGGCGGGCUUGCUGGCUCGCUCGUUGGCGGGUUCGUCGGCGGAUCCGUUGGCGGGUCCAUCGGCGGGCUUGCUGACGGGUCCGUCGGUGGGUCUUCUGACGCGCGCGCUGGCGGGUCCGUCGGCGGGUCUGUUUACUCGCAUCCUUGCGUGCUUGCGGGUCCGCUGGCUCGUGUGCUGGUUGGUCCUUCGGCGGGUUUGCUGGCUCGCGUGCUGGCGGGUCCUUCGGCGGGUCCGUCGGUUGGCAAGCUGGCUAGCGCGUUCCUGUCGUGCGCGCUGGCGGCACUUGUUGGCGCGCGCUACUGUGAGCUUGCCACAGGCCGCUGGUGCGUUCGCAACGUGCAUGAUGCGACGGGCGGGUCUAAGGGCAGCAGCUAG